AUGCCAACUAGCUGGCAUUGAAUUCAACGUGUGCAGCGCCCCAAUCAGCUGUUGGCCAGCUUUUAUUUGUUUUGUUUUGCUCAGCGUGCGGCGCCCUUUGCGACCCAAGAUCCCAAUAUUGGCUAAAAUGGGCAAGAGCAGGAAGCAGGUGCGCGAGUUCAAUGCCGCCAAGGAAGCUGUCGAAGCCACUAAAGUCCAGCUGGACACUUGCAACGAUGCCUACACGAGCGGCGCCUUUAAAUACCUGAGAUUCCUGGUCCAUCUCCUGGCGGCUGCCCAGUUCUCAUAUGGCAUAUACUUCCACUACUUCCGGGUGCACUGGCCCACGGAUUUGCUGGACGAGGACGAGCUGAAGGCGCGCUGGGGAGGCAAGUUCAAGUACCUCACCUUUUUGGACGUCAUUCUGCAGGCCAUCUACCACUCGCUGGCGCUGCUGAACGAUCUCUUCGGCGAUAACAAGGUCUCCGGGGCUUCAAAGUCCAUGCUGCGAUCGGCGAGGGACUACGUGUUCGCCGCCUUUGCCUUCCCAGUCGCACACAACGUCUGCCUCUCGUUUUGGGUCAUCUACGCCUGGGACCGUGAGCUCAUCUUUCCCUCAGCGCUGGAUGCUAUUUUCCCCAGCUGGUUGAAUCACGUGGUGCACACGAACGUGGCCCUUUUGGCCAUUAUGGACCUGUUUACCUGCUUCCGCCGCUAUCCGAGCCGAUUGGCCGGCAUCACAGGCAACGUCUCCUUCAUCUUGCUUUACAUCAUCUGGCUGCACAUUGUUCGAUACUUCAGUGGCGAGUGGGUGUAUCCUAUUCUGGAAGUGCUGCCCGUAUACUUGCGCUACGUGUUUUUGGCACUGCUGGUCGGGUUUAACCUGGUUUGCUAUCUGCUCGGGGAGUUCGCCAACAAGGUCGUCUGGGGUCCGGAGUUUAAGCUCCUAAAUCAGCAGAAAUUGAAGCAGGGCUAGGAUUCGAGGAUUUAAAAUCGUUUAUUAGUUACACAAAAGUAUGACAUAUUUUGUAAACUGAAGGCACUUUUUGAGGUACGAUUUGUGUGCCAAGAGGCUUAUUUAUAUCGUACUUAAAUGUAUAAUCUACAGUCUAAUAAUAAGUCCUGUACCCACGGCAAAGGAAAAUAAUGAAAAUAAAUUAUUA